AUGGAGAAUAGGCCUCAAGUGUUCAUCAGUUACCGAGGGAAAGACCUGCGGCUGACACUAGUGCCACAUAUCAAACAUCAUCUGAAAGAUAGCAACGUAAACGUGUUCACGGACAGCAACGCAGCGGGAGAACAGUUAAAGGAGCUCUUUAACCAUAUCAAAAACUCUCGGAUCGUGAUCGUCAUUUUCUCCAUAAGCUACUUGGAGUCACGGUGGUGCUUGGACGAGCUCGCUGAGAUCAGGAAUUGCUUGUUGAGGAAGCAACUUGACUUCGUGUUACCUAUCUUCUAUAAGGUCAAGACUUCCCACGUUGAGAAACAGAGCGGAGAUUUUGGCAAACCGUUCCCAAGUCUGCAGAAGAAGCAUCCACGCCCAGGGGCGGACCCACAUAGACAUUGGGUGUGGCACGUGCCCCACACUAACUCUAUAUAUUGUUUUAUGAAAGUAUACUUGACAAUUAGAAUCGUCUAG